AUGCCGGCAACUCGCAAGGCCGGUCUGGCCACUGCUUCUCCCGCAGUCACAGAAACCACAGAUAGCAGAAAGCGGAAGCGUGGAGAGCUGGCCUCAACGACCACCGAGACGGCCCUUCAAUCGAGUCCGAGGCGGAGCGGCAUUACAAAGACCAAGGAAGAACCACCACCGUCGCCAGCUACCGGCCGCAGCACUACAAGAAGUCGACGCAAGAAGGUCAAGCUUGGAAUUGAAGAAGAGAAGAAGAUAGCGGUCACAGCGGCGCGAAACGGUUCUUUGACGGUACAGGAGGAGACAGAUGCCAAAGUCGAAAAGACAGAAGAAACCAGUGUGCAAACGACCAAAACCCGCAGUAGAAAGGGCGCAGGGAGGCCAGCGAAAUCAAAGGCCGAAACGGCUGCUGAAGAGGAUGUGGAUGCAGGCAAUUCCGACGAAGGAGUCGAGGUUCAAAAGCCCAAACGGAAGCGCAGGACCAAGGAAGAGAAAGAAGCCGAAGCAAGACCGCUCGCUUCUCGCACUGUCGGGCUGAAAAUGUUUGUCGGCGCACAUACAAGUAUAGCCAAGGGCCUGGAGAACGCCAUCACCAACUGCGUGCACAUUGGCGGCAACGCGUUCGCGUGUUUCCUCAAGUCGCAGCGCAAAUGGGAGAACCCACCACUCAAAGACGAGAACCGAGACGCCUUCGUCAAGGGUUUGAUAGAGCACCAGUACGAUGGGGGAGCACAUAUUGUGCCGCACGGCUCGUACCUAGUCAAUCUGGCCACGGAGGACGAGGCCAAGGCGCAACAAUCCUACGAGACGUUCAUCGACGAUCUACACCGCUGCGAAGCCCUGGGAAUCCGAUACUACAAUUUUCACCCGGGAGGUGCAGGCCAAAGUCCCUUCGACGAAGCUGUCACGCGACUUGCCACCAGACUCAACCGCGCCCUGGCCGAGACCAGCACUGUUGUCCCCCUACUAGAGAACAUGGCGGGCCACGGCACGUUGAUCGGCGGGCGGUUCGAGGAUCUUCGAGACGUCAUCGCCCAGAUCAAGCCUGAGUAUCGAUCCCGAAUCGGCGUAUGUAUCGACACGUGUCAUGGCUUUGCGGCAGGCUAUGAUUUCCGCACGCCUGAAGCGUUCAAGAAGACAAUGGCCGACUUCGACGAGACUGUGGGGAUCCAGUACCUUAAGGCCCUGCAUCUCAACGACUCCAAGGCCCCCUUCAACAGUCACAGGGAUUUGCACCAGAACAUCGGGCUGGGCUUUCUCGGGCUUCGCGCAUUUCAUAAUGUCAUGAACGAGCCGCAGUUUCAGGGGCUGCCGCUGAUCCUGGAAACGCCAUGUGAGAGACCAGACCCGGAAGACCCGACUGGCAAGAAAACGAUAGACGAUAAGACCAUCUGGGCCACCGAGAUCAAGUUGCUCGAGAGCCUGAUCGGUAUGGACCCGGAGAGUGACACGUUCAAGAAUCUCGAGAGGGAAUUGAGUGAAAGAGGGAAAAAGGAGAGAGACGAGAUGCAGGCCCAGUUCGACAAGAAAGUGGAAAAGGAGAGGAUCAAGAUUGCCAAACAGGCGGGCAAAGAAAAGGGGCAGACCACACUCUCGUUCGGAAAAAUUAAUGGCAAGGGUGAGCAGAAAGAGAACAAUACUCGAGGCGAGGAAGGCGACGAGGAAAGCGAGUUGAGUGAACUGAGUGACCUCGGCGAAGACGAGGACAACGUCUGA